CGGCCCUAGUGCCUCCCGUGGGACUCGGUGCCAGGGAAUUACCGGACACAAUAGCUCAGGGUGCUGAGGAGCCGCGGAGAUGAAGCGCUUCCUUCGCUCCGGCCAUGAUUCUGUGAGGGAGCGGCUGAAACGGGACCUUUUCCAGUUUAACAAGACAGUGGAACAUGGAUUCCCCCACCAGCCCAGCGCUUUGGGGUACAGUGACUGCCUUAGCCUCAUGGCGAUUGGAACUCGUUCCGGAGCCCUCAAAGUAUAUGGCUCCCCAGGGGUGGAAUUUAUGGGUCUCCAUGAUGAGAAUAACUCUGUGACAAAGAUCAGCUUCAUCCCAGACCAGUGCCAACUCGUCACCGUCCUCGAUGACAACAGCCUCCACCUGUGGUCAUUUCCGCAUCACGACGGGGUCUCAGAACUGCAGGAAGAGAAGAAAUUCACCCUACGUGGCCCCCCUGGGUCUCCUCCGAGCGUGACGCAGAUCAAGGUGCUGUUGCCGCACUCCUCGGGGGAGAAGCUGUACGUGGGCACCGAGGGGGGCAGUGUGUUCAUUCUCGAGCUGCCAUCUCUGCGGGUGCUAGAAGAGAAGACAGUGGGGCAUGAAGCGGCUCUUCAAGGUCUGCCUGACGAGUACAGCAGCAGGAGAGCGUUUGAGUCUGUGGAGGCCUUGCAGGAGAAUCCCCGCAAUCCAGACCAGCUUUUGAUUGGUUACAGCCGCGGAAUGAUGGUGACGUGGGACUUGGUAAAGGGACGCAGCGUGCAAUAUUUUCUGGGCAAACAGCAACUAGAGAACGUUUUCUGGUGCCGCGAUGGGAAGCAGAUAGUCAGCUGUCACAGCGAUGGGGGCUACAACCAAUGGGAGGUCUCAAAUGAGCUAGUACAGGUUUCUCCCAAGGAGAGCAAAGUGCCAUACGGUCCCUUCCGCUGCAAGGCAAUCAGUAAAAUAACCUGGCACACCACGCGCAGAAGCCGGUCUCCGUACGUGGUGUUCCAAGGAGGGAUGCCCAUGGCCAGCUAUGGGGACAGGCACAUCAUAUCCGUGGUACAUGGGAACCAGCAGACUGCUUUUGACUUUACCUCUCGGAUCAUUGACCACGUAGUUAUUGCCAACCCGGAUCCCUCAGCAGAGUACGAUGACCCGCGGGCCCUGCUGGUGCUGGUAGAAGAGGAGUUGGUGAUGAUCGACCUGCAGAGCCCCGGCUGGCCAGUGAUCCAGUGCCCCUACCUCAUCUCCCUCCAUUGUUCAGCCAUUACCUGCUCCCAUCACAUCUCCUCCAUCCCCUUGAAGCUAUGGGAGCGGAUAAUCAGCGCGGGGAGGAAGCAGAACACUCAGUACUCUAACAUGCCGUGGCCCAUUGAUGGUGGCGUCAAUUUGGCUCCUGCGCCCCCUCAGAGGGACCUGCUUCUUACUGGACAUGAGGAUGGCACUGUGCGCUUCUGGGAUGCCUCCGGCAUUUGCCUUCAGCUAAUGUACAAGAUGAGCACAGUGAGUGUCUUCCAGACCGAGUCGGACCACAACGACAAUGUCAACUCCAAUGAGGAGGAAGAGUGGCCUCCACUGAGGAAAGUUGGCUCCUUUGACCCUUACAGUGAUGACCCCAGGCUGGGCAUACAGAAGAUUUACAUGUGCAAAUACAGUGGUUACCUCUCUGUGGCUGGCACGGCUGGACAGGUUCUGGUUAUGGAGCUGAAUGAUGAAGCUGCAGAGCAUGUGGUGGACGAGACCUUAGUAGACCUCCUUCAGGAACAAGAAGGCUACCGCUGGAAGGGCCACGAACGGCUCCAUGCUCGGGAGGACCCUGUCCGCUUUCCACCGGGGUUCCAGCCAUUUGCCCUGGUGCAGUGCCAGCCCCCUGCUGCUGUUACUUCCCUGGCCCUGCACUCUGAGUGGCGGCUGUUGGCCUUUGGUACCAGCCAUGGCUUCGGCUUGUACGACUUUCAGCAGAAGCGCCAAGUAAUGGCCAAGUGCACGUUACAUGCCAGUGACCAAAUGGCGUUGGAGGGUCCCCUGUCACGGGUUAAAUCUCUGAAGAAAUCUUUGCGUCAGUCAUUCCGCCGCAUUAGGAGGAGUCAAGUCAACAAGAGAAGACCAGGGCCUGAUAGGGUGCAAGAGGCCAAUGCUCGAUUUGAGCAGGAAGCUCUGCAAGAGAUGGAACUGGCCCCCGUGCAGAGGCGGAUAGAGGCCCGCUCGGCUGAGGAUUCCUUCACCGGAUUCGUGCGCACAUUGUACUUUGCCGACACCUACCUGAGGGACAGCUCUAGGCACACGCCUUCCCUCUGGGCGGGGACAAAUGGCGGCACAGUGUAUGCGUUCUCUUUGCGGGUGCCACCCACAGAGCGCCGAAUGGAAGAGGCAGUGGCGGCAACGCAGGCUAAGGAAAUCCAACUCAUGCACCGGGCUCCGGUUGUGGGGAUCCUGGUUCUGGACGGUCACAGCGUUCCUCUCCCAGAACCCUUAGAGGCAGCUCACGAUCUCUCCAAGAGCCCCGACAUGCAAGGCAGCCACCAGCUAUUGGUCACUUCCGAGGAGCAGUUUAAGGUCUUUACUCUGCCCAAAGUGAGCAGCAAACUGAAGCUAAAACUGACGGCCACGGACGGCUGCCGCGUGCGCAAGAUGACGGUGUGCACCUACGGUAGCUGCAAGUCGGAGGAGCACAGCGAGAACCACCUGACCAUUCUUACCAACCUGGGGGAUAUUCAGGUGGUGUCACUGCCCCAUCUGAAGCCACAAGUCCGGUACGACUGCAUCCGCAAGGAAGAUGUGAGCGGCAUCGCCUCCUGUGUCUUCACCAAACACGCAGGGGUUUUAUCUAAUCUCCCCUCUGAGUUGGAACGGUUUUCGCUAUCCACAUGCUGGUUGGUGGCUCCCCGUGCCAGAGUGGAUCCUCCGGAGCCCCCUCGUAACUCGCGGCUACGGCGGGGGGGCAGCACUGACCAACCAACUGACAGGUCCAGGUCUUCUGGGACGGACCACACAGGAGGCCAGCGGGCCCAGGGGACACUGAUGGAACAUGCGCUGCUAAAUGACGAGAAGAUGCUGAAGGAAAUCCAGAGCACGCUGGAAGGAACCCGAAUAAGCUACAGCGAAAGGAGUUCCCGGCAGAUGAGCGUUGGACACAGACUGAUCAAUGGGGCAGCAGAGUGAAAUGCUCCCCGAAUAACAGAAUCUGAAAUUCCGGGCUGAAGCCCCCGGUGCCAAGACACUACUGAUCAUUGCACAAUGGAGCCUCUCCGCAGGACUUUACUGUCACGUGCCUUGUGCUGUUCUGCCUGCACAUCCCUUUAGCGCCCCCUAGAGGAAUUUGUUCUUUUAUUUAAUGAUAAUCGUACUACUGCCUUACCCCCCACCCCCCCUGUGCAGAGCAGGCACCACUGGAGGAAAGCAAUCACAUGAAAAAUGGGACUGUAUUUUUUUAAAUUAUGUACCUUAUUUGGUUUUUAGAGGUUUUACAUUUUAUUGGUAUAUUUUAACACCAGUUUUGUUUUUAUACGAUUUUAAUGGAAAUUGGCACGGUACUGACAAUAUGCAUUGGGUGAUAUUUUUAUAAUAGAUAUCGAUUAUGUUGCUUUAUGCAUUUCUGUGGCCAAUAAAUGUAAUUCUUCCUCUUA